CAGUGAUUUUCUGAUUUUUGAUUUUCGUGGAUUUGUGUUGUGUUGGAAUAUUUUCCGUCGUGGAGUGGAUAUUUGUGAAAUAUUUAAGUGCUAUUUAUUUUCAUUGAUAUUUUCUCAUGCUAUAGUUAUGAUAUAAAAUGUCUCAAAAAUCUUACUAUAUUGUAUUUAGUACGAUUCGUUAAAGUAAGGACAACAGCUGACAGCCAAAGAUAUUGGAAAGUGGUAACAAUAGUGUUUCAAAAUGGUUUUAGCAGAUUUGGGUCGAAAAAUAACGACUGCAUUGCAGUCGUUGAGUCGUGCUACUAUUAUAAAUGAAGAGGUUUUGAAUUCUAUGCUAAAGCAAAUCUGUGCAGCGUUAUUAGAAGCUGAUGUAAAUAUUCGUCUAGUUAAGAAUCUUCGUGAGAAUGUGCGUGCUGUCAUUGAUUUUGAUGAGAUGGCAGGGGGGCUCAACAAAAGACGGAUGAUACAAUCAGCCGUUUUCAAAGAACUUGUCAAGCUUGUCGAUCCAGGAGUAAAACCAUACCAGCCAAUCAAAGGGAAACCCAAUGUCAUAAUGUUUGUAGGGCUCCAGGGCUCUGGCAAAACCACAACUUGCACAAAACUGGCCUAUCAUUACCUGCGGAAAAACUGGAAAUCAUGUCUUGUGUGUGCUGACACAUUCCGAGCUGGAGCUUAUGAUCAAGUCAAACAGAAUUGUACCAAGGCGAGAAUACCAUUUUAUGGAAGCUAUACAGAAGUGGAUCCAGUAGUGAUUGCCUCAACAGGUGUGGAAAUGUUCAAAAAGGAGGGAUUUGAAAUGAUAAUUGUAGACACCAGUGGUCGGCACAAACAGGAAGAGUCCCUGUUUGAAGAGAUGUUGGCAGUUGCUAAUGCAAUUAAACCAGACAACAUUAUAUUUGUGAUGGACGCCACAAUUGGGCAGGCUUGUGAGUCUCAGGCCAAAGCUUUCAAAGAGAAAGUAGACAUUGGUUCUGUUAUUAUUACCAAGUUAGAUGGUCAUGCGAAAGGAGGCGGUGCAUUAUCAGCUGUAGCAGCAACAGAGAGUCCUAUAAUAUUUAUUGGUACUGGAGAGCAUAUUGAUGACCUUGAGCCAUUCAAAACUAAACCCUUCAUCAAUAAACUGCUGGGCAUGGGAGAUAUAGAAGGGCUGCUAGACAAAGUCAAUGAGCUAAAGUUGGAUGAUAAUGACGAACUCUUAGAAAAACUGAAACAUGGACAGUUUACACUGAGAGCCAUGUAUGAACAGUUCCAAAAUAUCAUGAAAAUGGGUCCUUUCUCACAAAUAAUGGGCAUGAUACCAGGAUUCUCCCAAGAUCUAAUGUCAAAAGGUAGCGAACAAGAAUCAAUGGCAAAACUGAAACGUCUUAUGACCAUUAUGGACUCUAUGAAUGAAGGCGAACUUGAUCAUCGCGAUGGCGCAAAAUUGUUUUCCAAGCAACCUACCCGCGUCACCAGAGUAGCUCAGGGCGCUGGCGUCACUGAGAGAGAUGUAAAAGACCUGAUUGCUCAAUAUACUAAGUUUGCAGCAGUUGUUAAGAAGAUGGGUGGUAUUAAGGGCCUGUUUAAAGGCGGUGAUAUGGCUAAAAACGUGAACCAAACUCAAAUGGCAAAACUUAACCAACAGAUGGCUAAAAUGAUGGACCCACGGAUUCUUCAACAAAUGGGUGGCAUGUCCGGCCUGCACAACAUGAUGCGCCAACUGCAGCAGGGUUCAAGUGGAAUGAACAGCCUGAUGGGUGGAAAAUGACCUUAAACUUCUCUUGUUAGCUUAAGUCCAUUGGCUGCAUAUUGAAACCAUCAACACCAUGUUAUUAAAGGUUAAGUCAAAUUAAAA